AUGACGGCACCAACAAACUGGCCCUCAGAUAUCACUCUGGUUAGCUGUAUUAGAGGUGAUAUCACUCUGGUUAGCUGUAUUAGAGGUGAUAUCACUCAAGUUAGCUGUAUUAGAGGGGAUAUCACUCAGGUUAGCUGUAUUAUAGGUGAUAUCACUCAGGUUAGCUGUAUUAGAGGUGAUAUCACUCAGGUCAGCUGUAUUAGAGGUGAUAUCACUCAGGUUAGCUGUAUUAGAGGUGAUAUCACUCAGGUCAGCUGUAUUAGAGGUGAUAUCACUCAGGUUAGCUGUAUUAGAGGUGAUAUCACUCAGGUUAGCUAUAUUAGAGCUGAUAUCACUCAGGUCAGCUGUAUUAGAGGUGAUAUCACUCAGGUCAGCUGUAUUAGAGGUGAUAUCACUCAGGUUAGCUGUAUUAGAGGUGAUAUCACUCAGGUCAGCUGUAUUAGAGGUGAUAUCACUCUGGUCAGCUGUAUUAGAGGUGAUAUCACUCUGGUCAGCUGUAUUAGAGGUGAUAUCACUCAGGUUAGCUGUAUUAGAGGUGAUAUCACUCAGGUUAGCUGUAUUAUAGGUGAUAUCACUCAGGUUAGCUGUAUUAUAGGUGCUAUCACUCAGGUCAGCUAUAUUAGAGCUGAUAUCACUCAGGUCAGCUGUAUUAGAGGUGAUAUCACUCAGGUUAGCUGUAUUAGAGGUGAUAUCACUCAGGUCAGCUGUAUUAGAGGUGAUAUCACUCUGGUCAGCUGUAUUAGAGGUGAUAUCACGCAGGUUAGCUGUAUUAGAGGUGAUAUCACUCUGGUCAGCUGUAUUAGAGGUGAUAUCACUCAGGUCAGCUGUAUUAGAGGUGAUAUCACUCAGGUUAGCUGUAUUAGAGGUGAUAUCACUCUGGUCAGCUGUAUUAGAGGUGAUAUCACGCAGGUUAGCUGUAUUAGAGGUGAUAUCACUCUGGUCAGCUGUAUUAGAGGUGAUAUCACUCAGGUCAGCUGUAUUAGAGGUGAUAUCACUCUGGUCAGCUGUAUUAGAGGUGCCCAUUUGCAUUAAUGCCAUCAAUACACCUCCUGUAAGCAAUUCAGGCCAUCUAUAGACCAUAACUGUAGAUAGAUCGAGACACUCCCUUGCCUAUGGUCAUUGUCCAGGACAGAGUGUGUCAACCUGAAUGUCUGACAUGAAAACAUCUGGAAUGUACGCGCUUUAUGAUCAGUCGUGUUUGACAACGACAGACUUUGGGGUGGAAUCUGGCCAAAACGAGAGUUGGGUAAAACAAGCUUUCAGUUAAUGGAUCAACAUGGAGGCAUGUUGGAGCAACAGAAAGUUAAAAUUAUGAACAGGUCUAUGUCCCCAAUGGAACCCUAUUCCCUUUGUAGUGCACUACUUUAGACCAGGACCAAUUUGGGACACAGCCCAGGUCUUGGCA